AAGGGUAGGGUGUGUGCCGUUGGCCCGUCCCCUCCUGGUCCUCCUAUAAGAGCACACCGGAGUAAGAACGUCAGUAGCUCUUUAGAGACCAAACCAUUCAAAAAUAGACAUGCCAUCAGACGGACUUCCAGCCUGUCAUGCCAGACGCCUUCAGAUUCUAAGAGGAUUCAUGCUGAAGCAGGUGCCCAGCUGGCGAAGUGUGUGCGUCCUCUACUCCCUGUACUGCGUCCUGAUUCUGCCAGACGCUGGCGAAGCGGCCAAAGCACGCUGUGGACGGGAACUAGUCGCUGAUCUAGAGUUUGUGUGUGGAGACCGUGGCUUUUACAGAGGCAAACCCGGAGCAGCUCGUAGCGGCGGUCCUCGCUCUCGUGGGAAAGGGAUCGUCGAGCAGUGUUGCGUGCGGGGAUGUGACCUCCAGCAUUUGGAGUCGUACUGUGCCAAACCCAAGAGGGUGCGCCGUGACGUCCCUGCAUCCCUGCAGCAGACUUUGGAAGAUCAGUUUUGGCUGUUGUUUCAGCGGCGAUACCAGAAGCUUGCAGGGAUGAGGAGAGAUGAGGAAGCUGCGUCUCAUAGACUCAGAGAGCAGACGCUCUACCGGUGGAACAACAGAGAUUCAGUAUUACUAAACACCAACACACUCAACCGAGCCCCUUCAACACACCAACAUCCUGCCACUGAGAGAAUGACAUCAAGACCAACAUUUAUCCCCCACAUCCGAUAGUCAUGGCUCUUUUUGGGAUCUGCGUGGACUCUAUGAAUCAUCUUCCUUUUCUAAGAAAGACUUUUCCGUCCUUGCAGAAGUAUAAACUGAGGACUGUUUAAGAGAACUAGAAGGCAAGAUGCCAUGAAAGUGAAGAGUGGGGUGUGUGUGUGUGUGUGUGUGUGUGUCUGAACAUGGCUUGUACUAGUUUCACAUUUGUCGAAUACGAGAUGAAUUGUAUUUUUCAUUUUGUUUUCAGCUUCCCUCCUAGCAUUGACUUCUGGUUUUGGGUAAAUGAGUUCAAAGCAAGUUGAGGCAAGUUGAAAGAGUUUGUAUGCUACUCUUAAAGACUCAAUAUGGGAACACUGAUGGCUUAAGUCAUUUUGAAUGUAAAUGUGACGUGUUUUUAUGAAAGAUUACUGAUAUCAGUGAAUAUAUUUUCUUAAAUGUUUUUUUUUAUGUUUUAUUUAUGGUCUGUAUAUUACUGUAUGCUUAGGUUUUUCUAAUACUUGUGAAAUAUCCAAAUGAAAGCAGAUUUGGAAAGAAACUUUAAUUAAAAAAAAUUGUGAGAACAACAUGCUUUUCGUUUUAUGGCAAUAUUUUAUAAUGGCCAUCAUUUCCCAACAUACUCAAAUCAGCUUCAGUUUAAACCUCAUUUAUAAAACGUGUGUACGCACAGAUUUGAUCUUAAAGUGUGCGCACGCUAAAAUCCACGCCAACGUUCAUAUUCAUAAAAACAGUGUUUGAUGUACUGUAAAAAAUGUAGACUGGUGAUUUAUGUUAAUGACGUUGUUGAUGUUAAUAAGGCAGCGUUUACAAGGUGGAGAACUG